AUGGCUGAUCAUACGUAUCAUACGCAUGACUAUGCUGUCGUUUCAGAUCAGCAAAGUAAUGAUGGAGAAUACCAUCCUAAUGAAAACAAAAGUAUUGACAAUCAUGACUUGAUGGAAGAAUACUCUGAAAAACCAACAGCCCCGAGAAAAAGACCAAUCUACAAAAGAAAGAAAUAUUGGAUUAUUUGUUCUAUUAUCACUGUGAUUGUUAUUAUUGUCGUUGUUAUUUUAGCCUUAUAUGUAUUCUUCCCUAUGAUUGCUCAGUCCUUGAUGAACAAAGCUAAGAUUGAUGUCAAUGCGGCUCAAAUCACUUUUACCAAACCAGAUGCUCUCAAUGGUCUUACUUAUAGUAAAAGAGAUGGUGAUGACAUGAAUUCAACUUUUUAUAUGAAUAUAGAAAGCAGCUUAAGCGACACAGGUCCAUUUUCUGCUGAUAUCAAGUUUCAUAAUCCCAUUGAAGUUCUCUACAAGGAUCAAACGUUAGGCUCCAUCUAUCUGUUUAAUGGCACAAGUAUUGCUGCUGGUCAUGGCUCCUUAAAUGCUAUCACUCCUUUCUUGAUCAAAGAUCAAACUGCUUUUGCUUCUUUUGCACAAGACAUGUUGGCUGUAGAAACAUUCAAAUGGACACUCAGAGGAAAACUAGAUAUUACUGCCCUAACAAGAACUGCGACUGUAAAUCUUGACAAGGAAAUUACUUUGAGCGGCAUGAAUGGUUUCCCUAAUGUUCGAAUUAAUUCAUUCCAACUUCCAGGUGAUGACCCCCACGGUGGUAUUCUUGUUGAACUAGGCACUGUCUUGAAUAGCCCUUCACCUAUUGGUGUUCAAUUAGGCACAGUCAAUCUUGCUAUAGGUUACGAUGGUGUUGCUCUCGGUACUGUCAAAGCUGAAAACAUCAACUUGCAAAAGGGUGACAACAAUAUUUUAUUAAAAGGGACACUGGUUCCUCAAAAUGACUCUACUUCGCUUCAGAAAGUCGGUACACUGUUCUCUAACUAUGUAUCUGGCAAGUUAUCCAACACAUCCGCUACAGGCAUUUCUGCUGCUCCUGAUGGUGUGAGUCCUAUCACUUGGCUAUCUGAAGGUUUCAAAACAGUGAAGCUGAAUGUUGCAUUAAGUGCUUCCAAGCCACUCAGGAUUAUCAAUGCUGUUGAUAUGGGCAAAUUAGACUUGAAAUUUGAUGCUGCUAGUCCAUAUGCUCCUAUUGUCACUGCACCCAACGUUGUUGCAAACUUUCAAAUACCAUUUGGAUUUAGCUUGAAUAUUACUCAAGUCACUCAAAAUAUUUCUCUUGCUGUCAACUCCUCCAAAACAGUAUCGACUGAUUUUGCAGUCAUUCAGGUCCCCAUGGUUCCAGCUGUUAGUGAUCAAAAGUCUGGUACUCUUCAAUUUGCAUUAAACAACAACGUCAUUGCUGGUAUUCCUGGAGAAGAAAGUGUCUUUGAUAAAUAUACAUAUGCUUUGACAGCAUCGGACAAAUAUACUUUUAUGGUUUCUGGUAAUGCUUCUACCAAAACAAAUACACCUAUUGGUCCUAUCACUCUAGGCGGAAUUAGCUUCAGCGUUCCUACUUCUCUUCGAGGCCUCCAAUUCUUGAACAGCACCGCUACUGUCAUCCAUUCUAUUGAUGUUAUUGGUGGGACCUCUGAUAAUCUCUUGUUAUCUAUCAACGUUUCCAUGACCAACCCUUCUGAUUUCAGUAUCUCUACUGGAGACGUCAGUUUUAUUAUGGGUGCCAGUGGUGAAGAACUUGGUUUGGUUACAUUAAAAGGUCUCUCUCUGGCUCGUGGCGAAAACACUGUUAUGGCGUCUGCUAUGUUUAAUCCGAAGUCGUCUGAUGUUGGUCAAAAUUUACUAAGUACAUUUGUAAUGGGUCAAGAUAAUGGCGUUGACAUCACUGGAUACAGCAAAUCAACCACAAUCGAAUCACUUAUUGAGCCUUUAAGCGCCGUUAGCCUUAGUUCAACUCUUCCGGGCCUUAAGACAGCUUUGAUUCAAGGUGGUGCUUUGUCUAUUUUGUCAGAAACUACACAAAAUGGCGUUGUGGGUGUUAAAGUAUUUCUUGCAAAUCCAUUCAGUGCCGGUUUAUCUAUCACUAAAGUCACUGCUGCUGCUACAUACAACGGUAUGCCUGUUGGAAAUAUCGACCAAGACAUUAGCAGUAACCCAUUUAUUGUUUCUGGUAAAUCAGUAGCUCAGUCUCAACAGCUUAGUAUGACGAUGAACAUUGAACCUGCUUCCAUUGCUUUGUUGUUACGUACAUUGGCUGUUCAAGCAAAUUUGGAUACUCGUGCUCUUGAUGGGCUACUUGGUUUAGGAGGCUUUAAUAUUGCUGGUCAAGAAAAUGUUCAAGUGGACUCAAGUCUUUUUAAGGAUUUUAAUAUCUCUUCUUAUGUCAUGGAGGCUAUGAAAGCUUUGAAGGUUGACUUGACUCUCUCUUCUGGUUUGACAAUUGGCCAAUACACUGAUGAUUUGGCAUUCUCUCAAUCCAGCGUUGCAAUUGCAACAGACAAUUCCAUCACUUCUUUGAUUCCUAUUGUUGGUCAGCCUAUUGUCCAACAAAUUGUGGAUGGAGCUGUUCUUGGGUUUGAAAGUAUUAUUUUGUCAGCACCUACUGAAAAUGAUUUCACUGUUCAAAUGAAAGGUAGUAUUACUAAGUCUGGUCCUAUGGAUGCUACUAUUAGUUUCCCAUCACCUCUUACUGUUUCAUGGCAAGGAAAGACACUUGGUACUGUAUCUAUGCCAGACAUUCAAGCCAAGGCAGACGUGGGUGCCUCCUUUGAUGUCACUGGUAGAUUCACGAUUGCCAACACAGAAGACAUGGCUACUUUCUCUUCUUAUUUGAUCAAUAACAAGGACUUUGUGUGGGACAUCACUACAAAAGACGUAAGUGCCACUGCUUUAGGUUUCACUUUCACAAAGAUUACUAUGGAGAAGUUUGUCACUCUUGCUGGUGCUCAAGGAUUCAAAGACGCAGUGACUAUCAAUUCAUUUGAUUUACCCUCAAAUGAUCCUGCUGAUGGUAUCACUCUUACAGCACAAACAACCAUCAAAAACCCAAGUCAAGUCGGCUUUAAUCUUUCUGGUGUUGCAUUUGAAUCGUUCUACAAAGGUGUUGAUCUCGGCCCACUUGCAUCUAACGGCGCAGCUAUUUUUCCUCCUCAAGGAACAGCUAGUAUUUCUAUGAAAGGCCGUUUAAUUCCUCAAGAUUCUUCUUCUGGCAUUGCUGCUAUUACAGAAGUGUUUGAAAACUAUCUCGACGCAAACAAUUCUAUUCUUGAUGUCAAGGGUGUUUCCGGAUCUGGUCCUAAUGGUCAAGUCGGCUGGCUUACAACUGCUUUCAAGACAUUGACUAUUGAAAACGUUGUAUUACCUGGCCCAAAGACAAAGCCCAAACUGAUUCCUGCCAUUACUUUGAAAGACAUGCAGCUCGAUUUUACCAAAGAUGCUUGGGCCCCUCCUACCAGUUCUAAUAAUGUUCAAGCUCAACUGAAGAGCCCAUUUGGUUUCCCUCUUGGCGUCAGCAAGCUUAACAUGAAGGUGGUUGCUAACUAUCAUGGUACUGAGGUUGCAUCGCUCGCUAUUCCUGAUGAGAAGGCCACUACUAGUUCUACUGGCUUGGUUACAACACAGUUCAACAAUGUACCAUUUAAGGUUAUUGACAAGACAGUCUUUACUGGUUUUGUUCAAUUGCUAACAAUGACAAACAGCGUCACCUUUGAUCUACAAGGAUUUUCCAAUGCAGUAGCAGAAACAGCUGUCGGUGCUCUUAGUCUUAAUAACAUUGAAUUUAAUGUGGAUACUAUGUUGAACGGUUUCAAUAAUUUUGGUGGCAAAAUCACUCUUCCUACACCCUAUGUUGUUGGUGGCACUUCUGGAUAUACUAUCCUUAACUUUAGUUUUGAUCUCACGAAUCCUUCCAACAUCACGAUUACAGCUGGCGAUAUCAAUUUCGAUAUUGUCAUGAAUGAGUUCAAUUCAGUGAUUGGUCGCUCUUAUCUCAAGGCUGUUAUUAUUCCUCCGGGCACAAAGACUUUUAGUGGUGAAUUGCAUUUGGGAGAAAAGUCUACUAAUACCAAGGCUAUUGAGAAGAUCUUUAGUGACUACUUGACUGGCGCCAAAGUCCCUUUAACUAUUCAAGGCUCUACUGAAUCCACCAAGAUUGCUCCGCUUGUUCCUGCUCUAUCUUCUGUCAAGCUUGCGACAGAAAUGACUGGUAUGAAUGCCAAUCUAAUUUCACAAAUUGCUGUCAAGGGAAGCAUUAUUGGCCUCAUUCUUUUAAACCAGGCUUCUUCUGCCAUCACUCUUAGAAAUCCUUUGAAGACUUCUUACUCUAUUACAAGAGUACAAGCCUCUGUUGUCUUUAAACCUUCCUCUGGUGCUGCACCAUUUACUGUAGGUACUAUUGACUACACUCCUCCUAGUGCUGCGACCGUUCCUGCAGGUGGCUCCAUAACAACCGAUGAUUGGCCCGUUAAGAUUGUCAGUGGUGGCAUUGAACAUCUUGGUCAAAUGCUAGGUUUGCUGCUUGACCCUAAUAAGUACUUUGACGUGCAACAAAAUGUGACAGUAGUUGUUGGUGAUGGCUAUACGACAAACUUGUUUUAUUAUCAAGACAAGGUUCCCUUUAGUAUCUCAAUCGAUGGUCUUCCUCCUAUUGGUAUUAGUCCCAAUUCGCUUUCUUCAUUGAAGCUUCCCUCCAACCUUACAUCAAUUACUGAUCCUAAUACAUUUGAGCAGGUGCUUAAGGAUAUUUUGUCUGGUAAAUCGCCCACAAGUAGUGUUGCUUCUUCUGUUCCAUUAUCGUCAAUUUCUUUGACUCAAACAACAACUUCUAAUGUAUCUACUAAGACUACUACAGAAAGCGUCACUGAGGUCACGACUACAGCUACUGACAACUCAGCAACUGUUACAAAUACUACUUCUGAAAAAACAGAGAUAACAACAGUUGAAGCGACGACAACAAUAACAACAACAACAACGAAGACGACUACCACCUCUGAGCCAACAAAAACUACGGAUGCAACAAUCACUUCUCCAGAAAAAACAGAAGCCGCUACAACAACUAGCAAGCAUUGGUGGGAUCUGCCUUUUUAA